AUGGCGAAUGCCAGUCUGGCCCAAUCCUUUAAACCGAGUGCAGAGCCAACCAGUCCUCCUAGGACGAGAACAGUCCUCGUGAAGUGCCACGAAGAUUCUCUUGAAGUCGUGGUGAAAGCUGACCUAUUUGACAUGGGCAUUCUGGUGGACGGCAGCGAUUUGCACCUAGGUUCCAAUAAAAUGGGUAGCAAGGGCGUUGAAGAUUCUUGCAGUGCGGUUUCAACGGGGGAGGCUGAGUUUAUCAUCUUUGCCCAGUUGACCGCAUGUGGAACCAAACUCGCAUUUAUGGAGACGGAGCUGGUUUAUUCCAAUAUUCUCAGCUAUUCACCUGUACCCUCUUCUGGUGUCGUCAGAUUUGAUUCGGCUGUGAUUCCCAUCGAAUGCCAUUACGGAAAGAGGUAUGCUGUUGACAGUGCUGCCCUGGCUCCCACCUGGAUCCCCUUUACCUCAACAGUGACUGCUGAGGACUAUCUGCAAUUCAGCCUCCGCCUCAUCACGGAUGACUGGCGCUCUGAAAGGGGAUCAAAUGCCUACUUCCUGGGUGAAACCAUACACCUGGAGGCAGCUGUCACCAUGGGCAACCACAUGCCCCUCCGUGUGUAUGUGGACCAUUGUGUGGCCACAGCAACUCCUGACGCAGACUCCAACCCUAGACACAACUUCAUAGAGUACUACGGAUGCUUCACUGAUGCCCAGCUGACCGGCUCUAAUUCACGGUACAUGCCCAGGGUCCAGGAUGACAAGCUGCAUAUCAUGCUGGAUGCCUUCAGGUUCUACCAGGAGGAUUCCAACCAGAUCUUCAUCACCUGCCAUCUGAAAGCUGUCCCUGCCAUGUUUUCUGUGAAAUCAACGAGUCGAGCGUGCUCCUUCAUUGAGAACAGCUGGAGGUCAGCAGAUGGGAACGACCAGGUCUGUAUAAGUUGUGCAGUCUCCAAACGCUUUGCGGAGUCUAUUGCCCCCAUGACUACAACCAACACUAAGACUACUACUCCCAAACCAAAUUCAUCCAGUUUCCAGUUUCGCACAGAGCAGCUCCAAAAGGUUGAGCCCAGAUCCAAAAAGCCUUACUCUGGUGACUGGAAGAGGGGAACGGACACAACAGGUGGGUUACGGAUGAAGCAAAGCCAAUCAGAGGCAACCUAG